AUUGAGUUAUCCUUCGAAGUUAUAUUGAUCAGUUGAUUAGAAACGUUGGUAAAAAAAAUAGAUUAUCACUAGCAUAAAAACAAUGGCUUUAGUUGCACUCAACGAAUCCAAAUUUAUAUUCAGAGGAGCUUUCUCGCAGAUCCGCUAUGUUUGCACAACUCCAACUAAAGGUCAAGAAGCUAAACCCAAAGAAGAAUCAAACCAGGAAUCUAAAGCGGCUAUUAUUAAAGAAUUCAAAAUUUAUAGAUGGAACCCUGAAGAACCUGGUCAAAAACCGUACAUGCAAACUUACAAAAUAAAUUUGCGUGAAUGUGGUCCAAUGGUUUUGGACGCUUUAAUUAAAAUUAAAAAUGAAGUCGACCCGACACUUACUUUUAGAAGAUCAUGUCGUGAAGGUAUUUGUGGAUCAUGUGCCAUGAAUAUUGGAGGUAUAAAUACAUUGGCAUGCAUCAGUAAAAUUGAAGUAUCAACCAAACCAACAAAAAUUUAUCCUUUGCCUCAUAUGUAUGUCUUGAGGGAUUUAAUACCUGAUAUGAAUAAUUUUUAUGAGCAAUAUCGAAAAAUUCAACCUUGGCUUCAACGAAAAAAUGAAGCGACAGAAAGCAAGGGUAAGGCUCAGUACUUACAAUCUGUUGAGGAUCGUUCAACUUUAGAUGGUUUAUAUGAAUGUAUAUUAUGUGCCUGCUGCUCGACAUCUUGCCCAUCAUAUUGGUGGAAUGGUGAUAAAUAUUUAGGACCUGCUGUUCUUAUGCAAGCUUAUCGUUGGGUUAUUGAUUCUCGAGAUGAGAAUACACAGGAACGUUUGGACAAAUUAAAGGAUCCUUUCAGUGUAUAUCGUUGUCAUACUAUAAUGAAUUGUACACGUACAUGUCCUAAGGGAUUAAAUCCUGGUUUGGCGAUUGCUAAGCUUAAGACUUUAUUGUCUGGAAUAGAAAAGAAACCUUCACCAAAAAUGGAUACAGCUGCUUUACAUAAUUCAUAAAUAUUAUAUGUACAUAUAUUUAAAUAAUUGAAAUUGAUAUUUUUCUUGAUUUAUUUAGACAAUUUUUUUAUUUAAUUUUUGAAAAUUGAUUUAACCAUAAUGUUAUUAUUUACGUGAAAAGUGUAAAUGGUUACAUUUUUAUUGCGAAUGGGUAAGGAAAUUUUUGGCUUGGUUUUACAUUCGAAUCUACAUAUUACAUAAUAUAUGAAUAAUAACGUAAGCUGAAGUAUCGUAGUCGGUAACAAAAAUUGAACAUUCAACAAUAAUUCUGUCCAAGAUGAAAUCUCCUUCAAAAAUUAUACUUUUAUAGUUUAAAAAAAUUGAGAAAAAACAUGCGAACAAUACUCAUUUUUAAAACAUAUGAGAAUACUUUCAUUAUGCUUAAAUCAAGUUUCAAAUGCUUGAAAAUUGAUAUUGAAGAAAAAUAUUGAGAGAUUAAAAAAUUAACAGUAAAAUUUUUAAAAUUUCGUUAUGAAAAAUAAAUUAUUUCUAAAACAGUCA